AUGGCGGCGAGGCUGCGAGCCCAGGUGGCCGCCUGCGUGCGGGAGAAGCGAUGGGCGUCGGCCCUGCAGUUGCUGGGCGCAGGUUGCCCGGACGCCUCUGCCAUGCGCAUGGCGAUGCUGGCCUGUGCGCGGUCGGUGCAGUGGGGCCGAAGUCUGCUGGUGCUCGAGAGAAUGCAAGGAGCCCGCAUCCCGCCCACGGAGACCGCCUUCGUGGCGGCGAUUUCGGCGUGUGAGAGCUGCAGCCGCUGGCAGCAGGCCCUGCAGCUGCUGCACCACGCAGAGAUGGCGGGAGGCCACUCCAGCGCGGCCCUCGUCUCCGCCCUGGCGGCCUGCGGCCGCGCCGCGCUGUGGCCCACCGCGCUGCGGCUGCUGCAGCGCGCGGGGCCCCGGAGGACCCGGAGGACCCGAGCGCUCCCCGACGCAAGGAGUUCAGAGGCGGGGUCCGGAGAGAGGGUGGAAGCUGAAGGCCAUGUCACGCUCUAG